UAUUUGCUGAGGUUUGAACCUAAGGUCUCAUGUAUGCUAGGCAAGAACUCUGCCACUGAGUUACAUCCCCACCCUCAGUGUCUUCUUGUAGAUAGUCCUCAGUCCUUGGAGACAGACUCGGGUGCUCCUCAUGACAUCCAAUCUCCAAGAACUCCUCUCCAACUCUAACCUAUCACAAUGCCCAACCAAAUAAGUAAGUAUUGGAUAUUUUCUGAUGAAUGAAUUCUCAGUGAAUAUUGGAAAGAAAGAUACCUACUUCGGUGGUUUCUAGAAGACUGCAGAUUCUGAAGCUGAACACAGUGGGAUAGUAGGUCCUACUCUUUAGCUCAACCUAGACUUAUUAUCUUCCCCAAUAACUAGACUUCUUUUAGAGGAGUUCAGGCUGGGUCACAAAUAACCCUUUAUGGGCUGUCUUGACAGACUGAGGUCCUUGAAUAGGAUGAGGGAGUUUCUGGAAUCUCCUCCUUACAGGAAGCUCUCAACCUGGUUUCUCCUACUUACAGGAAGCCUCAACAAGGCUCAAAUCAAAUCCAUUUCCCAACUUCAAACUUAGGGAGGGAAGUGUUGGGAAGUAGUUAACCUUCACUCCUUCAUGUUCCUCUUUUUUUUCUGCCACUUGGAACUGGAUUGGAAAGGAAUUGAGACCGAUCCUAGGAGACUAUGAGUCCAUGUCUAAAAUAGAUAGGCGUUGUGGGGGCAGGUGGUUCAUUGAAGAAGGCAAAGCUGCUUAGGGCGGUUUAACCCUGAUAGGACUUAGGGAUGGACUGGGGAGGGAAGCUUUGGGAUCGAAUGAGCAAAAAACUGGAUGUGUGGGUACAGAUGUUUCUUGGACAGAAGGCCAGGAGAAAAUGAGAGAAAGCCUAAACUUGGGACAUAGGUCCCCAAGCACAUGAAGACUCCUAUCACAGAACACUUCACAGGGCAGUAUUCAUGUUUACAGAGUAGUGACCCUAGGUUUGUUGACUUGUUUGGAUCUUACCGAGAAGAAUGUUGAAGGGUUUCAGAAAACUCCCUGAGCCUGGCUCUUCCUCCCCAGGCUGUGCCUUCCUCACCUACUGCGCACGGGACUCUGCUCUCAAGGCCCAGAGUGCACUGCACGAGCAGAAGACUCUGCCAGGGAUGAGUCGUCCGAUCCAAGUGAAGCCGGCUGCCAGUGAGGGCCGAGGAGAGGACCGGAAGCUGUUUGUGGGGAUGUUGGGCAAGCAGCAGGGUGAGGAGGAUGUCAGACGCCUGUUCCAGCCCUUCGGCCAUAUCGAGGAGUGCACUGUCCUGCGGAGUCCUGAUGGUACCAGUAAAGGCUGUGCCUUUGUGAAAUUCGGGAGUCAAGGGGAAGCUCAAGCUGCCAUCCAGGGACUGCACGGUAGCCGGACAAUGACAGGCGCCUCAUCCAGCCUAGUGGUGAAGCUGGCAGACACCGACCGGGAGCGCGCGCUGCGGAGGAUGCAGCAAAUGGCUGGCCAGUUGGGUGCCUUUCAUCCAGCGCCACUGCCUCUCGGGGCCUGUGGCGCCUACACCACUGCGAUCUUGCAACACCAGGCAGCAUUGCUGGCGGCGGCGCAGGGUCCCGGGUUAGGCCAGGUGGCCGCGGUGGCCGCCCAGAUGCAGCACGUGGCGGCGUUCAGCCUGGUGGCUGCACCGCUAUUGCCUACAGCAGCCAACGCAUCACCUGGUGGAGGUGGUCCUGGAGCACUCCCCGGCCUUCCAGCGCCCAUGGGGGUCAAUGGAUUCGGCUCCUUGACCCCCCAGACCAAUGGACAGCCAGGCUCCGAUACGAUCUAUAACAACGGGCUUUCCCCUUACCCAGCCCAGAGCCCGGGUGUGGCUGACCCCCUGCAGCAGGCCUACGCUGGGAUACACCAAUAUGCAGCAGCCUAUCCCUCGGCCUAUGCCCCAGUGAGCACAGCUUUUCCCCAGCAGCCUUCAGCUCUGCCUCAGCAACAAAGAGAAGGCCCCGAAGGCUGUAACCUCUUCAUCUAUCACCUGCCUCAGGAGUUUGGGGAUGCAGAACUCAUACAGACAUUCCUGCCCUUUGGAGCCGUUGUCUCUGCCAAAGUGUUUGUGGAUCGUGCCACCAACCAGAGCAAGUGUUUUGGGUUUGUUAGUUUUGACAAUCCAACCAGCGCCCAGACUGCCAUCCAGGCCAUGAAUGGCUUUCAAAUCGGCAUGAAGAGGCUCAAGGUCCAGCUAAAGAGACCUAAGGAUGCCAACAGGCCGUACUGAUCUGCAUUCACUGGUCAGUCACAGACAGAAACUGAAGAGUGAGAAGAAAGGAAAAAGAAAAGCACAGAAAUGCUGGAGUGGCCCUACCGGAAGGAGUGGCAGUAGACGGAGGUGGACCAGACCCAGGGCUGGCGCCUGGGGCUCAGGCCACUCAUCGUGUGGGUUGUUCCAUGGAGCGAUCAAGCUGGCAGGGCAACCAGUGCUGGCUGAGGAUCGACUGACCUAAGGGAACCAGCAGAGGGCCUUGGGGGUGCCAAGGGCUUCUCAGCAAGGGAAGCCCAAACUUACUUUGUUCAGAAUCAUAUCAUUCCUUAGUGUUUAGGGACCAAAGGACUAUUGCUUUUUUUAAGAAUAUAUAUAUAUAUAUAUCUAUAUAAAUUAAAACAAAGAAAAAACAGAAGAGAGACAAAAAAAGACAGUAUAGAGUCUCAUAAAAGCUGCCUUUAACUACCCCUAGGAGACAGGGUGAAGGAGACCCUUAAUAGCCCCAGCCUAGGCAGAGGAGGCUGUGGAAAGGUUGUCCUGGGUCUCAUUCCUUCUGAAGCUACUCCCUUACCCUGCCCUUAAACAGAAAUGACAAAGGAUGUGAAGUCUAGCUCAUAGUCCAGCAACAAGAGGGUUAUGGAAGCAGCGAACCCACAAUCCCCAAACUCAGACAGUACCCCUGAGGAGGCCUCAGGAGGAGUUCAGGCCUGCACUGCUCUUUGCUAUGCUGCGAGGGCCCCGCCCAUCAGAAGUGGGAACCUGCCUUUGCUUCCCAAUGCCCUCUCCUGGGGAGUCAGAGCCUCCCCAAGCAGGAAGAAAGAGGGAGCCUUUUCCUUCCCAGUCCAGGUAGACCAAGGCCACACCUUUGGCUAAGCUGAGACACUUCCUGUUCCCCUCCCCCUGCGACUGCUCCAGGGUCCCCUUGCUCCAGGCCACCUUCUGUGUCUUAGUCUCAGUUUGUCCACCUGUGAAGUAGACUUGAGAUACACGUAGAGGGCUGUGACACAGACAUGGAAGGCUUGCUGCUGUAAAUACUGCCGUUGAGGAGGGGAUACUUUAACUAUGUAGAAGCUUCAGAAUUAGAGGUCCCUCUUUACCCAGGAUCUGGGAGGGAAGUAGAUGUUUUGCCAAAAUACUAAUUCAUUCCUUUAAAAAGUCCAUCUUUCCUAUGCAAGUGCGUCUCACGUGUGCUUACCCAAGGUGCUUUUAGACGGUGAGCAGUGUUCAGCUUAGAAGUGGUGUGUGCUUUGUCUGUCUGUCCUUGUCUGUCUGUUGUAUACAGUGGGUGUCAUAUAAAGCUGAUCAAUGGUGGUG